AUGGCCGCCAGUAGUGACACUCCAACCAGGUGCAACAUCAAGUUAGCCGGUUCAUACGCUACUCACCUGGGCAGAAAGCUAUCCUCAGCCUACGUUAGCAGAUCUAAUCAGCCACCAGUAGUAGGUUCGCAGCCACAGGUAAUUCCACCAAACCCUCCUCAGAUGCCUUUGAACUCGAGGGGCAAUCAGAUCAGGUGGAGGCCACCGAACCCACUAUAUACUCAUGUGCCGCCACAGGUAGGGCUCGGGGGGCAGAAUAUGGCUAAUCAGCCACAUGAUUGGCCGAAUUGCUAUCAACCAGCGGCUAAUCAGCCGCCAGUUUUUAAUCAGGUACCACCGAUAUUAAAUCAACCACCUCAAGUCAUGUUAGAUAGAAAACAAUUAGCUGAUUUACUCACAGAAGAAUAUGGCCUGGAACUUAGAGGUGCCGGCCGACCAAUUUAUAGAACUCCUUAUCCAGAAGUGGUAGACCAAGUUAAGUUCCCUAGAGGAUAUAAAGUCCCUGACUUUGUAACCUUUAGUGGAGAGGGGAAUCAAUCGACCGUGGAACACAUUGGCCGAUUCACGGUUCAAUGUGGAGAGGCCAGUGUUAGCCAGUGGUUGAAAUUGAGACUUUUUCCUAACUCUUUGACAGGGGCAGCUUUUUCAUGGUAUAUUCGUCUACCUCCUAACUCUAUUUUUAAUUGGCCACAGAUGGAGGAAUUAUUCCACAAUCAGUUCUACCGUACGGAGACAGAACCUACUCUGGUCGAUUUAUCCAGGCUAAGUCAAUUGCCUAGUGAAUCGGUCGAGACAUUCAUUGCAAGAUUCAGGAGAGCAAGAUUAAGAUGUCGUGUACCUCUUCCAGAACAGGAGUACAUUCGUUUGGCUUUGAACGGCCUUGAUUUUGAACUUCGGAAGAGGUUUGAAGGAGUUCCAUUUCGUGACAUGUAUGACCUGGCCGAGAAAGCUACCAGGUAUGAGUUGGUUCUCAAAGAGGAGAAAGAAGGAAAAAAUUCCUCUAAAGGUACGUACUAUAGGGACCCCAACUAUGAAGUUUAUUCAACUGAUGUGGUUGAAGAGGAAGAUUUUGAAGCUAAUUUAGCCGAAGUCAUUCUAAAGAAGCCUUAUGUAUGUGACGCUUUAACAAAACCAAAUGUAUCCACCAGUGGUACUCAGCCAUCGACUUCAUCGGCCAGGAAGGGUACGGCUGAUACUGGUAAGGUUUAUACGUUUGAUCUGGCCAAAACAGAACAAAUUUUUGAUCAUUUGUUAGCCGACAAACAAAUCGUUUUGCCAAAAGGACACAAUAUACCAUCGACCAAUGAUUUAAAAGGAAGAGAGUUCUGCAAAUUUCAUAAUUCAUGGAAUCAUACUACUAACAAUUGUUAUGUAUUUAGAAAUGUAUUGCAGAAAUCUAUCGAUGAAGGUGUAUUGAAAUUCUCUGAAAAGAAGCCAGAUGUAAUGGGGGUCGAUGGCGAUCCAUUUCCUAAUAUUGUCAGUACCAAUGUAAUCAGCCUGGCAACUGAAAAAGCCGCUGAUAAUGGUAGACUAGAAAGAUUACCAAAAGUUCUUGGUAGUUCAUCGGCCAGUAAUGAUGAGCAGAAAGUUAAGGACUUGGAAAUUCAGUUAAGAGAAGCUCAAAUUGCCCUCAUCAACCAUGGUUGUUGUCCAAAUUGCAAAGGCCGAAGGAAUGACUCAGACAAGAGGGGCUAUUUCUAA